AUGAUAGAAAAUCAUGGGAAAUUUUGGAGGGCAGAGAAUGACCACAAAUCGACUAACACAAUUCUAAUCAGUGUAAUCCUCCUCACUAUUUUAGCCAUUCUUCUUUUAAUAACUUUGAUAAUGCAUUCGGGUUUUGGAUACGAACCAUUGAAUAUUAACAAAACAUGUACAUCUAGUCAUUGCGUAAAAUUAGCUAUGUCUAUUAUGCAAUCCAUGAACACAUCCGCGGAUCCUUGUGAAGAUUUUUACAAUUUUGCAUGCGGUAAAUGGAUCGAAAGAAAGGUUAAAGAAGGGAUAGAAACAUCUACAUUCGAGGAUUUACACAAAAGCAUACUUCUCAGAUUUAUAGAAAGAUUGGAAGCUCAACAUUUCGAUUGGUUGAAAACGUACUUGAAGCAAUUCGGAGGUUGGCCAAUCAUCGACGAAGAGUGGAGCGAAGAAAAUUAUGACUGGAUACAAAGUAUCGCAGCUGCUACGAGAAAACUGGAAAUAUUUUCUAUAUUACCAGUUACGGUUAGUUACGACAGUAGAGAUACGAGCAGGAAUAUUAUCGUGAUAGGGCAAAACGACGAACCAGAAAAGCUUAGUAUAUCACAAAUGAUUAACUACAUCAUGGCCAUCGCUGUAUAUUUUGGUGAAUUACCAUAUACUUUAAUUAUGGAAGAUAUAGAUAAAAUGCUGAAGUUAGAAACUAAAUUAUCAUCCAUGACCGAAGAUGUCGCCUUUUUAGCUAAUGAUUAUAAAAUAAUGACGAUAAGGAAUCUCCAUGAAUUGAUACCUACGAUUAAUUGGCUCAAAAUGGUACAAGCUAUAACUAAUGGUUCUUCAAUUGUUAUUGACGAGGAUGAACCGGUCGUUAUAAAGGGAAUUAACUUUCUAGCCGAUUUUGGUAACCUUCUAAAUGAUAAAUCCUUUUCUUUCAGAAGUUUGGCUAAUUUAGUGGGUGCUAAAGUCAUUUUGAAGUUUCUUCUUCCGUUUCUUCUGGCAUUGCAAUCGUCAUUACCUGUUCGUGGUUUAAACGAUGAUGAACAUCGAUUGCAGCAAGAAAGAGCCGAAUUAUGCAUCACUGAACUAGCCGAAAUUUUAACUUUUGCAGUCGACUUUAUAUAUAUUCGCUCGUUAGCGCCUCAGAAAGGUGCAACCGAUAUCAUUCCUUAUCUCUUCAAUGCUUUUCGUGUUAUCAUACGUAAAUCUGAUUGGUUAGAUGAACAAACAAAACAAUACGUAGAGACGAAAUUGAAUGAAAUGAUCCCUAUCGUCAAUUAUCCGACUUGGAUACUUAACGAAACUCAAUUAGAUAAUUUCUACGAUUGUUUACCAGAAAUGACCGAUAAUCCUUUAGAGAACUUUGCAAACCUUCACGAAUAUAUAUACAGGAAAUCUAUUGCUUUAUUACGCAAAAGAAAUAUCCGGAAUGGUUGGCCCAUAGCUUUGCGUAAAAGUGCCUCUACAGUCGGAGCUUUCUAUGUAGUAGAAGUCAACUCUAUAGUUAUCCCUCGUGGAUUUCAUAAUCCACCGAAUUUUCAUAUUAAAAAUCCAAGAUACAUGACCUAUGGUUCUAUGGGUUCUGGAAUUGGCCAUGAAAUCACUCAUGCUUUUGAUAAUAUAGGGAGAUUUCGAGAUGAUCAAGGAAGAUUAAGAGAUUGGUGGACAGAACAUUCUAAAAAUGAGUUUGCAAAACGAUCGCAAUGUUUUGUAGACUUUUAUGGCAAAUACGGUUUCUCGGAUGUUUUUGUGAAUGGAAAUUUGACAUUGUCUGAAAAUAUUGCGGAUGUGGGAGGACUUCGACAAGCAUAUAUGGCUUACAAACUAUGGGAAAAAGAUCAUGGUAAAGAAGAAAAGUUGCCUGGUUUGGAAUCUUUUACAACUCACCAAUUAUUUUUCAUAUCUUACGGAAUGAACUGGUGUGAUAGUAAAAACCUAAACACCCUUAAAGAAUCUUUAAUGCAAGAUGAUCAUGCACCCAAUAAAUUUAGAGUGCUUGGAACUCUCUCUAACAUGAAAGAAUUCUCACAAGUGUUUAAUUGCAAGCCAAAUUCCAACAUGAAUCCAACACAGAAGUGUGUGAUUUGGUGA